UCAGAAGAAGAAGAAUGACGACGGAAAAUUGUUUGAACACUCAGCCGGAUGAAUCUGGUCUAUCUCUCCACGGCUCUAUUGAUAAAACCUCCAGAGAGUGUCUGGCUUCUGUCUGUAAUGGUGGAGAACAGCAGAUGCUGCAGAUACCAUUGAAGAUGUCCUCAGUGAAGCUGGAGGACUGCAGAAAUCUGAUAGACACAAGAAGAGAAACCAAUGCAGAGGGAGAACAGAGCAAUGAAGAUAGUGAUGAAUUUAUUCCUUCUGACCUAGUGGAUGUGAAAAAGGAAAUUCAGGAACUGAAUGAAGAGGAGAAUCAUCAGUAUCAGGAACCUCAUCAUUACAUAACUGGAAAAAAAGCUUUAUCAUGCCCUCAGAGUGGGAAGAGUUUCAUUUAUAAAGGACACCUUAAUGAUCACAUGAGAACUCGCACUGGAAAGAGGCCUUACACAUGUGUCCACUGUGGACAGAGUUUCAAACGUAAAGGACAUCUUAAUGAUCACAUUAAAAUUCACACUGGAGAAAGGCCUUACUUAUGUGUUGAGUGUGGACAGAGUUUCAGACGUAAAGGAUGUCUUAAUGAUCACAUGAGAAUUCACACUGGAGAGAGGCCUUACACAUGCCAUCAGUGUGGACAGAGUUUCAAAACUAAAGGACAUCUCACUGAGCAUAUAAAAAUUCACACUGGACAGAAGCCUUUCUCAUGCCUUCAGUGUGGUAAGAGAUUCAUAAAUAAAAGACACCUUAAUGAUCACAUGAGGAUUCACACGGGAGAGAGGCCUUACAUAUGUGUUCUGUGUGGACAGAGCUUCAAAUCUAAGGGAUCUCUUAAUUGUCAUGUGAGAAUUCACACUGGAGAAAGACCUUACACAUGCCAUCAGUGUGGAAAGAGUUUCAGAAAUAAAGGACCUCUCAGUGAUCAUAUAAGAAUUCACACUGGAGAGAGGCCUUACAAAUGUGUUAAUUGUGAACAGAGUUUCAGAUGUAAAUCAUAUCUUAAUGAUCACAUGAGAAUUCACACUGGAGAAAGGCCUUUCACAUGCCAUCAGUGUGGGAAGAGUUUCACACGGGCACACACUCUGACUCAUCAUCUCUGUUGUCACUCUGUUAGGACAUAUAACUGAUUGGUGAGAUUAUAUAUAUAUACAUAUUAUAUAAAAAAAAUGUUUUGACAAUAUUCCUAAUGGUGCACAUGAAAAUGAAUGAAAAUGAGAAUUACGUGUGCUCUUUUUGCACUGCUGUACUGUUUUAUAGAACACCAGAGAAUGCAUACUGGUGUGGGGACUAAUAUGUAUGUUGAAUGUGGGAAGACCAUUGUUUUAGCCAGCAACUUGAAAGUGUAGCAAAGAAUUAAUACUGGAGAGAAACCUUACAAGUACACUAUGGUAUAGGGCUAAACAAUGAAUUGGAAAAAUAUUUGAGAUUAUAUUUAUGGCUACCGUCAUUAAGUGUCAAUAACAGAAUUCCCUUUAGGUGUUCUCCAGUCAUGUUUCUAUUUUUAUUUACUGUUUAAAUAGAAAAUUGUUUACAUCUUUAUUAAAUAGUUAACUGAAAUAUUUUGUUAUUAUUAUUUUACAUAGUUUUAAAACAAAACAAAAAAGUUAAAAUUUUUGUUAAAAUGUUCUAUUUACAGUGUGUAUUUUCUUUGCAACAUUGAGCAUUGUAACCAAUCGAAGACAUGUCCGUUGAGAGCAUGAAUUCAAUGAUGAAUCAGAGUGUUAAGAUAAGUCUAAGCCCAGACACAAUCUGUUUUUUGUUUUUGCCAUUUUCCUGUGCUGAUUUUGUUGGAAAAUCUAUGAAAUUUUGCAGAAUGGAUUAAACAUUGUAAAACUGAGUUGAGACUACAACAGUAUUAAUGGCUGCUGAAGAUAUCUUCAAAUAAGCUAAAAUAUUUAUUAAACAUAUGCAUUCCAUAUUGUGUAGAGGGAUUAAGUAGAAAUUUGUGGAUGAUGUGUGUCCCAAAUCUGCGGAAUUCUUCACACACAGAUUCCGUUUGACUAUAAGAAAUAGUCCUAAAGAGAGAGUUUAGCACAGUCUGAUGCAGGUUUAAUAUCUCACCUGAAUAUGGCAUACAGUAGUCCUCAACAAAAUGUGUUUUUAAUGUGUAUUAUAAUAAUUGAAAUUAAUAAUCACAACUUCAUUAUCAAGGGAAAUAAUCGACAAAUAAAUUGAAAAAACAUGAAAGAAGGAAACCAUUGCACUGUUUUUCAUGUGUGAGGAGUUUCAGCCAAUCAAGUAGUUUACUGAGACUUAAAACAAAAAGUGUUGCCCAAGCCCAAGCGAUCACAGAGAGCAAAUGUUCUCUUCAGAUUCAAUGCUGUCAAGCAAAUAUUCUGAAAUUCCAAAAAAGACAGCGAUGGAUAUACUUCCAAAUGAGCAAAAUGAUCUGAGGCCAUGUCCACACUAUGUUUUCAUUUGAAAACCCUAUCUAGUAGCACAAACUUGGAUGUGUACUACUGCAGAUUUGUCAAUUAAGAAAAUCAUGCUCCCAACAGGUCUCAAUAUUUCGCUGUCCAUUGAAUUUACACUUUCCUACUACAUGAUGUUGGGAUGAAAAUAAGUGGUAUGAUUAGCUCAAAUGGCAGAAAUAUGCUAGAUAAAAAAAAAAAAAUAUAUAAUAUGAGAAUCUAUCUCUGCCAUCGGCAAUGUGAUCAGUGGCAGCGCUACUUUACAAUGUGUUUUUAACUUGAGCUACGCGGUGGCUAUAGUCAAUGGGAGGAUCUUUGUAUUAAAAUCCGGUUUCUUUAUUUGGUGUAUAAUGGUGUGCAUCCAGCAAUGUGAUCAUGUUAACUUGUGCCUCACGUUUACAAGCUGAUGGUCUUGUCAGAUUAUGACAUUGUAUGAAAUCUGAAAGUCAUUUGCUAAUGCUGCUCCCAAAUAUUAUGCAACAUCAAAAAUCAAUCAGUAAUUGAAUGAACAAACUGCCCAAAUGAAUAAAUCCCCACUGAGUUUGUUUGUUAUUAUUAGUGUAGACAUGCUCAGUAGGCUUGGGUCUCAGUAGUGACAUUACAGUACUGUAGGUCAAAAUCAUAAGAUCAGAAAAACAAAUAGCCAAAAUUAUCCAUUGUCAAACAGUUUCCUACACAGUCAUUUUUAACAUUUGAUGAGAUUAUGUUGGUAUGCAUUGUUAAUGUGGCUAACACUGUAACCAUUUGUACCAGACUGCUGAACAUUCAGACUAUACAUUUGUUUUCAAACUUUAAAAGGAGAUGUCAGUAUCAAUGACAGUUUACAACCCCGUCAAAAAGGUCUUGCUCAAAUAAAGGCAAUCCAAAAUA